AUGGACGGGCAACAGCGCAAGGAGAAGACUCCGGGCGAGUCCACACCUGAGACCACCAAGAAGAAACAGGAUGGAAGUGGUGGUGGGAAUGGGAAACCGAACAAGGGCAAACGUCCCGCAGAAACGACCUUAAAUGCACGCGAGCGCAAGAAGGCUCGUCAGCAAAUGCAUAUUCAAGAGGUGAAGAACGCCGAUUCGCCCGCUCAGCUAACAGGCGAUAUACCCGCCGGCCCACCGCUUACUUCCAGGCCGCCCCCUCGCACCAUAAGCGUUGUUGAAUUUGCAGAAGCUCGCGCGUUCGAGAUAUCCGCGUUGGAAAAGGCCUUAGAGAAUGCAACCGAGCACGCAGGUGUGCAGCGGGUGUUUCAAACGGUGCCGAGGCACAUGCGCCGGAGAGCCGCCAGUCACAACGUCAAGCGGUUGCCCCGACGACUCCACGAACGAGCUCUUAUUCAGAUAGGGAAGGACCCGCAACCGCAGAAGAAACUCGGGGAGGCUGGGAAACUGACUCGGUGCAAAAGGAGGAAGAAGAGGAGGCAGGAUCUCAAGCCUAUGAAGACGGGGUGGUUGGAGACACAUAUUUGGCAUGCGAAACGGAUGCAUAUCGCGGAUCUGUGGAAUUGGAAGAUUUCGGAGCAUCCGAAUGAUAAGAGUUUCCGAGCUGGAUUCAGAGCGGCGAGACAUCAAUGCCUCAUGCAGGAUGUGUCUUACUUUCAAGUGGUCGAGCUCUGUGGGGAAGAAAAGCAUUUGCAACGGCUGUUGACUACCAUCACCGAUCCUACCCUUCCCGCGGUUGCCAGCGCGAGAUACUUGAAAGGCGACCGACAGGGAACCACUUUCCUGCACGAUUACAUGGCGUAUCCUGCUGCCCCUAUUGGACCAGCGACCUUCCUCUGGCAGCCUGUCUCUGGCAAUCAAACCGCUACUCGAAAGUUAUGGAUAUGGCUGCAUCCCGCCAUCUAUCAGCUCGCGCUCACCACCAUCAAUCACGCCAUAACCGCACUACUGCCGGACGAACCUGCGGUCGCAGUCAAAGAGCUUUACGGCGAGCUCCUCCGCUUCGAGAUCACAGGACCGCGGUCAAAUGCCAUAUUACAUCACAUUCUGGGACUUGAUGAUACACAACCAACGCUGAAUGCAGCCGGGCACAAAGCAUGGGCAGAUCUGUCGGAUCUGAAUUCUCCUGCAUCUCUCCCACCAGGAGUGGCAUUGGGCCUGACUGUGGUGGACCCGAGGCUGAGCUUUCCCCCGAAGAUGCCUCCCAGGAAGGAAGUGCCUGUUGGAACGCCGGAAUGUGAAAGCACCUUGCAGGCUUGGCCUGAGGGCGUCGCAAACAACAGUAUCUGGGAUUCGAGCGUACGAGAGGCCUUUAAGACACAAAAGGUUACCGAAGGGGCGAUAAAUCGCAGGAGAGCAGAGGCGCUCAUUCCCGGAACACCACUCGACCCCACCCCCGAAGACGCCAGAGUACCCAUCCUCCUCCUCCAACGCAACUGCCUAACCCAAGUCUCCGACGCCGCCAUCCGCAAAGACUCUCGCGAAUACGUCUCAGGCUGGGACAUCGUCAUCCCAGCCGGGUGGGGCAUGGCCAUCUGGAAGAACCUCGUGUACGCCGGUGCGCGCGUGGGCGGUCUGCGUGAACGGCAUAUGAUGCAUUAUGAGACGGGCUUGCCGUGCUUUCCGUAUGAUUUUCCGGAAACGACGGCGAGCGAGGCGUGGGCGGCCAAGGUGGGGUUGAAGGAGGCUGAGUUGUGGUUGAAGACGCCGCCAGGGAAGAAGGUUAAUUUCGCGAAGCUUGGGAUUGAGUACCCGUUUUUGUCACCGUUUGAGGAGUUGUGCAAUGCGAGUGGCGAGGACGAGGAUGAGUCUCCUGAGGAGGUCAGCGCAGGGGUUGGAGUACAGCCGGGCACAGAGGCGACGGCUGCUGAUGUCGAAGGGAAGAAGGACAGCGCAGCGGAAGUGAAGCCCGCUAUCACUCGGGAUCCAUCGAAAAUCAGCGUCCUUACCGGGCAAACACCCUCAAGUGACCUCAACGGUAUACCCACAGCAACCACCCGUGGCAUCAUCGCUAUUCAAAGCCCGCGCAUGGUCGAACACCUCCGCCGCUCCCUGCCCUCCAGCGCAACAAUAACCGCCCUCGGCAAAUCCCUCAUCGACAAAUGGAAAAGCAUCGCACAAUGCCGUGGAAUGGAUCUGCCCACAUUAUCGGAGAUUACACCGGAGACGGUGGGAGACAUGCUCGUCCGCGUGCGGAUCGAUAUGUUGCGGAAGGGUGUGCCUGGUGAUCGGGCAUAUGUGUACUCGGCCACGCAGGAGGAGUAUGAGUUUUGGAUGGGUGUCAUGAAGAAGAGGCCCGAUGGGGAUGAUGCGGGGUUGGAGAAGCAGGCAAAGGAUAGGUUGGGGCAGUUCCCACCUGCUUCUGCGGUUGUUGGUUAUGUCACGACUGGCCGUUUUUCGGUAGCUCAGGGACAUGGGUCUGCUAUUGCGAGUUGCACUGUGGGAGGAUUACAUCGCGCUAUCCGUGAUGGUGUGAGUCACAAGCGCACACAUACCAACUUUGCACUCGUGAGGGGAAUAACGUCGGAGCUGUGCUUACCGGCGAAGUUCGAGUUGAUAGCAUAG